AUGGCAGACACGUUGCGGCGGCUGGUCAACACAUCAUCAUACAGCGUUCUGCAGCAAAAACUGGAGGCCUGGUACAAAGACUAUCAUGUCAUCUCGUGUGACCAGAACCUGAACCGCUGCUGCGAGCUGGUGGAGCUCACCUCUAAAAUCCAAGGGCAGCUGUUCACUAUUCUCAACCUCACUGCACAAGAAGGUGGUCACUAUGCUGGAGUGGACACCCUUAAAUCUCGCCUGUUGCCAUGGCUGGGUACCUGCUUUACCAUGGCAACCUCAUCUGUCUCCCCAGACACUAGUCUCAAUCUCAUUCAGGACAACGUGGAGAAGGAGCGGAAGAUCCGAGAGCUGUCAUUGUCUCAUGAGAGCGACAUGCAGAAGAUGGAGGAUCAGCUGUGCUCCACUCGUAUACAGCUGGAUUCUGUCAAACAGGAGCUAGCUGAUGCUAAGAGUGACCUGGACUGCACCAAAAACAAAUCAGCAACUACCCUUCUUGCCACAGAAGAUGAGAUACUGCACCUCAAAACAGAGUUGCGGGCGGCCUAUGAGCAGAUGGAUGUGUAUAAGAGGAAGCUGGACAUGCUGGAGGACUACGAGAGGCAGGUCAGGUUACUCAGAGAUGAGGUCACCUUUCUAACUGCGGAGAAAACCAUGCUACAGGAAAGGCUGGUGCGAAGUCGUUCCCCCAGUCCUCUCCCGCCACGGAGGAGUCGCACCAGCAGCCCUGUGAGGAGUGAGUCUCCCACUCGAGCCCAACUAACCAACUCGUCCCGCCACGCUCGCCUUGUGUCGCGCUUUUCUGACCUAUAUGCCACUGAGAGGCUAGAGGCCCAGAGCCUGCUGCGCCGCUACAUUGAUGACUUGGAAACAGUGCAGAGGAUCAUCUUCAUUGCCGCUGUGGAAUCUUUCCAGGCUGCCAAGCUGGCCUAUCGCCAAUUUAAGCUGCGUGUGAGGAAGACUCUCUCCCCUACGCACGUGGGUCCUGAGAGUCUGGAAGACGCAGUAGUGGAUUACAUCGUCCGAAACCUUGACCUCUAUGACGUCCAGACAAGCGUCAAUGACGUCAUCAACUCAAUGAAUGUGAACCCACGUAUCUCCUUCCCCCCGGAAGUGGACUUUGUGCUCAUCAGCAGCUUCAUCAGAGAGAUGUGUAGAAUUGCUUUCUCCAUGCAGACGCUGGAUCCCCCUCUAGACCUUGCCUUCAGCUCCGAUGGGGAGCUCUACAGUGAUGUCAAGUACAGGCGGAGUUAUGACUCGGAGUUCACUGCUCCGCUGGUGGUGUAUCAUGUGUGGCCUGCACUGAUGGAGGGAGACAGUGUGAUAGUGAAGGGAGAGGCUGUCACCAGGAGGGGGGCUCUGUGGAGAAGCAGAAGCCGCAGCUCCAGUCCAGUCCGCUCUCGCUCUGGAAGCCCCACUCGCACACUUAUGUCCAGUCGUAGUCGGAGUCCAUCCCCUGGACGUCUCUCGACCAGUCGACUAUAAAUUUCAUUCUGUCGACUAUAGCUUUAAUUCUAAAACCUCUAGAAUUUCAUCAUCAUUACCACUAAUAAUCAUCUCUUUUUAUCUUCUUCAUUUGUUUUGGAGUGAAUAGCGAAUUUUACAAAUGACAUGUUAACUCUGCAUUGUAUGAUGUUGCCUCAGGGCAACAAACUCAUUUUCCUCACUUUACAGUAACAUUAUACAUAUUAAUAUACAUUAUACAUAGGGUUAGCAAUAAAGGGAGGAGUUUGAGUGAGUCAAUAAAAAGCUUUAACCCCUUAACAUAUGGACUGAAACUUUUCUACUCAUGACACCUUUCUUUACACAUAGCCAAAGGCCAAGGCAUCAGAUCAAUACCAGGAAUAUGCAUUAAAAUGCAUUCAGUCAGGAGUAUGGCAGUAUCGCAGGGCUUGGUGCUAAUACAUUACAGCAGCCUCAGACGACUAUGUCACUGCUUUGCCCCUAUAAGGGAAAAAGCUCAGUCUAUAUCACUAAGGUAAAGGUGCUUUGUCUGUCUAGUAAAGAACUGGGCAAACCUUUAAAGGUGCUACAAUUUCAGUCUUUCCUACAUGUGUGUUUUUGUGCACUGUGUUUUUUAAAUUUCAGUGUUUAAAGUCAUUUGGACUUAUUGUGUUUUACAGUAGGGUAGUUUCUCUAUAGUCUACCACUCUUAAUACCUGCACAGUAGCACUUUUCUUUCUUUCAGGUGUGAAAAGUGUGCAAAAAUGUAGGAAUCUUUUCCCCCCUCCAUUUCAGUCUUUAUAUAUUUUUAACAUUUUUAAUCUCAAAACUAGUGCUAGCCUUAUUAGACUGACAAAGAUUUAAGUAGUUUAAUCUCUGUAUAAUCAUUUCUACUUCAUUCCAAAAUUACAAAAAACCUGAAGUGAAUGCAAAAUGCAUUUAAUUGAUUAUUUGUUUUUGGUAUAGUUGACAGUGUGACAAACACUGAUCAGGCAUAACAUUAUUUUUUUUACAUUAUCCUUGUUUCUACACUCAUUGUCCAUUUUAUCAGCACCACUUACUAUAUAGGUGCACUUUGUAGUUCUACAGUUACAGACUGUAGUCCAUCUGUUUCUCUGAUACUUUGUUAGCCCCCUUGUACCCUUUUCUUCAGUGGUCAGGACCCCCAUGGAGCCUAAUCAGUGUACAUAAAUAACAUUGUUUUUAACCUUAAACCUUAACUCCAGUUUGGCCGAUGUCUCAUGAUCUUUGAUGAUCCUUCAGCCUCAACAUGACUGGUUAAACCACUUUUUCCAGAUUUUCCCCAGGGUGCUCGUGUGAGUAGAGUGGAAUGUGUAUGGUUAAUACAUUAUUGUAUUUUCUGCAUGCUUUGCCACUUUAUACUUCUGACCAUUAUGUCAGUCACUGUUUUCACUGGUGCUAAAAACUGAGUUUACUUCUUCUCAAAGGCACUUGAUCUUCACCAUUGUGGUCAAAACAGAUUCCAGUUUUUUACUUUUUGUUUUUGUUUUGUUAAUGUGCUUGACCUUCAUUUUUGAUGGUUGCAUUUUAUUUGUUUGCUCUAUGAUUUUAAUGAUUUGGUGAAACACUGUGCUGUAUCCUCAAAGUUGUUAACACUGAAGCGCAACAGUAAAACUGAAUAGUAGUGUUACUUGAAAAAUGAUGUAAGUAGACCAAUGACUAAUAAAUCAAACCUGAGUUUAACUUUG